GGUCCUUUCGUAAUAACAACAUGGCAGCCUUCUGUAGGAGCAAGCACCGGUGGAAACGCAAUACUUACUUUCAAAUUAUAACAAGAAACUUAACAGGGAAAUUUGACUAUGACCUCGUUGUUAUUGGUGGUGGGUCUGGGGGUCUAGCGUGCUCAAAGGAAGCUGCUCAGUUGGGACAGAAAGUUGCUGUUUUGGACUAUGUGGAGCCAUCUGUCAAAGGCAGUAAGUGGGGCCUUGGUGGUACGUGUGUCAAUGUGGGCUGCAUUCCCAAGAAGCUCAUGCAUCAGACAGCUCUGUUGGGGUCGGCUGUGGAGGACGCCAAGAAGUAUGGCUGGAAAAUCCCAGGCCCUGUUUCACAUGACUGGCCUACCAUGGCAGAGGCUGUGCAGAACUAUAUCAGGUCUCUAAACUGGGGCCACCGUGUCCAGCUACAAGACAAGAAAGUGAAGUAUCUGAACCUCAAGGGGCGCUUGGUGGACCAUCAUACCGUCAGCGGGUUGACCAGAGCGGGGAAGGAGACGAUCCUCACUGCGAGGAACAUUGUGAUUGCAACUGGUGGAAGGCCAAAGUACCCCACACAUGUCCCUGGGGCAGUCGAGCAUGGCAUGACCAGCGAUGAUAUCUUCUGGCUGAACGAGUCCCCUGGAAAGACACUUGUAGUUGGGGCCAGUUAUGUGGCUCUGGAGUGUGCAGGGUUUCUGACAGGCCUGGGACUGGACACCACCGUCCUGGUCCGCAGCAUCGCCCUCCGGGGGUUUGAUCAGCAAAUGGCCGGCCUGGUGACGGACCACAUGCAGAACCACGGCACCAAGUUCUGCUGGAGGUCUGUCCCCAAGAAGGUGGAGCGGCUGGGCUCGGGAGAGCUGCAGGUGACCUGGACGGACAGACGGACAGGACAGGACCAGGAAGACACCUUCCAGUCUGUUCUGUGGGCCGUAGGCAGGGCUCCGGAGACCAAGGCGCUGGGCCUGGAGGGGCUGGGCGUGCGCCUCAACCAGGACACGGGGAAGAUCCUGGUGGGCGCCGACGAGGCCACGUCCAUGCCUGGCCUCUACGCCGUGGGCGACAUCUGCCAGGGUCGUCCUGAGUUGACCCCUACCGCCAUCAGGGCAGGAAGACUGCUGGCUCGCAGACUGGCCGGCCAGACCGCACAGCUCAUGAACUACGACAACGUUGCCACCACAGUGUUCACCCCUCUGGAGUACGGCUGUGUGGGUCUGUCAGAGGAGGACGCCGAGAGCAAGCAUGGCAAGGACUCCAUCGAGGUGUACCAUGCCUUCUACAAGCCACUGGAGUUCACCGUGGCUGAGAAAGAUGCCAGCCAAUGCUACAUGAAGGUGGUGUGUGAGCGGGGGGGAGACCAGAAGAUCCUGGGGAUGCACAUUACAGGCCCCAAUGCUGGGGAGGUCACCCAAGGAUUCUCGAUGGGAUUCCAGUGGGGGGCCACAUACAGACAGCUGGUGGAGACAGUGGGCAUUCACCCCACCUGUGCUGAGGAGCUGACCAAACUGAACAUCAGCAAGCGCUCAGGUCUGGAAGCCACCGUCACAGGCUGCUGAGGUUAAGCACCCCCCCAUCUCUGAACACAGCCAAGCACACAGGGUCCACAGCGGCAGGGUCGGGGUUUGGGGCUCGGUUCAAACCGGAGCACUCUCACUCUCUCCUCCCUCUCUCUCUUUGUUGAGCCAAAAUGGCCGACCGGUUUCUCCACAGGUUAGGGAGUUUUUAAGCGGCUGGAAGUCAGCUCUGCAGAGGAAAGCAGAAGGGGAUAGGACCCAGGUUUGUGUCACCUAACAAGCAGAGCCAGAUGAUCCCAUGGAGGCCCAGUGUGUGUGUGUGUGUGUGUGUGUGUCCUGGUUCUCCUGGCGCUGGCCUGUGGGUCCUGUCUGAGGGAAACCUCCAGCCAAGCAGCGUCCCUCACAUAAACACUCUCAUAAAUCAGGGUUAGGGCCAGUUCCCGGUUUGUUGAAAACAGAAUCGUACGAGAGCGUGGGCCUUAAACGUUUCUGAAUAUAUAUUCUGCAAAUGUUGUUGUUUCUCCGCCUGUACUUCCUGUCCAUUAGUCUUGAAAGUGACACAUGCCAGGAUGCAGGGAACACACACACACUCUUACACUCGCAUACACACACACACACUCACACACACACACACACAUGCCUUGGCCCCUGACACUGAUGGAUGGCCCUGAGCCGUCGCCGCGGUGACACCACCCCGUUUCCCAGGGACACACACAAACAUUCGGCGGGCCGGCUGUCAGUCAGUGGAGCGAGACCGGGACCAAGCCUGGCCAGGGAGCUUGUUCAGGCCUCUGCUCCGACACUGCGCCUCCUUCUCUUUCCCUCACCUCCUUCUUUUCCCUCCUCCUCUUCCUUUCUUCCUCCUAUUCUUCUCCUUCUAUUCCUCUCCUCCUCUCGCCCUCUGAGGAAUACAGUGGGACUGUAAAAACAGCCUGUGUCUGGCCGUGUGUGGAUACCGGGGCCGUCAGAACCUGGCAACCCUAUCCCCCUACGGGAGAGUCUGUUGCAGAGAGCCAUGGUAGUACUAACCUCGACCUGAAGGUGGCAAUAUUGCCUUCAGAUUGACCUCCAAAACCUUGCAGGCCGAGCGACUUGUAGGAUAGGGUAUCAAACGUAUUCCUCCACGCACUCAAGCUGCACAUUUAAUCCUUUAAUCCAGCAUUAGUGAUAUUUAUGAGAUAAAGGUGGAGUGCUAGAGGGGUAUUGUAGUGCCAACCGGUAAGGGUUAUCAGUUGUGUAUUUACACAACUGGCCGUUUAGCCCCUUCAGAGUCAACACACUGGGAGAUAACGGAAAUGUGUUUAUUUCACUAAAGCCCUAUUAGACUGUUGUGAUCCUUUAAAUCACGCAGAUCAUAUCCUAUGGACCCGAGUCAUCAAACAUGCCAACCUCUGCCUUGUCGCCCUGGUCUGAGUGGUUGGCUGCACGGGGCUGUGGCACCAGAGGACUGGGCCAGACCCGUGUCGGAGAAGAGGAGGAAGGGGAGAGAGGGAGGGAGGGAGGGGGUUAGAGGGUAGACCGCUGGGUCGGUUUAUUUAUGUUUGAAGUCUAAUCUGCCCGGCCUGAUUAAUGGUCCUGUAGAGGGGAGUGACAGCAGAGCGGUGGAGGA